UCAGUCUCAUUGUAAUUUGUGGUUUAAAAUCUUAAAUCAUUAUCUUACUUCUUGGAAUAGUUAGACAAACUAGUUAUAUUUUGUGUUGUAUACCCUUCUAUUUUCACUUCAUAUUUUAAAUUUCCCUAAAAUCAAAAUGGCUUCGAGUGAUCCAGAACUUAGUGAUGGAAUAACCCUGCCAGUUUGGAUGAAGACUAAACCAGUCAAGGAAUUCGAACCGUUUGCGGCUUCCCCUCCGGCACCUGAAGAUUCCUUCUUCUACAUACGAUACCCUAAAACAGAUGUCUUGUUCGGCAAACCGAAAGUCGGAGACAUUCCGAAGUUGAUGAACGAAAAGCAGAAAGAUGUAGCGACGACGGCAGCGUACAGCACUAUCAAAGAGCAGGACUGGUCUAAACACACCAAGCCUUGCCAAGACGUUCUGCACGGUAUUGCACCUAUUCAUAAACCAGUGGACUCAAAGCCGGCGUCAGUUGACACGGAGGAUGGGUUUAAAGGCGAAGGCGCGGCGUGCGGCAACUCCGUCGUCAAGGUGGCGCAUCAGAUGAUCCAGUCGAAUCGUUCUCCGCGCGGUUUCACGGUCGCGUCUCCCUCGGAGGAGGAGGCGGUGGCGCCCACUGCCCGCCAGUACAACCUGCAGACUCGCCGCGGCAGUAGGAGCCUGCCCGCCACCCCCGCGCACUCGCCCCCCUCCAGCCCGACUGGCCGCAGGAGGAUGAUUGGAAAUAGAUACUUCACGUCGCCGUUCGAGCCUGUGGAGGACUCCAACAACCGUUCCUGGCUGACGAUGGCGCUGCUCGGCUUCAAGAAAGACCUCACCACAUCCACCUCGACCCUCGCCGAGGAGGACACCAUCGAGACCAGACUGCAAGGUGGAACAUUAGCAGAAUCCGUGGAGAACUUAGGUCCAUCUCCUAGAGGUAGGGAGCCCAAACUGAUGUACAACGAAACAAGCACACAGCAGCCCAAGCUGAUGAAACCAGCUCACGCCUUCAGACCCAAACCCUCGGAGCUCAGGGAAAUGAACUUCUGGUCACCGACCUCCAUGUAAACAUAAUUAUUUCCGUAUCAUUAAUAAUACUGAAAUAAUGAUAACGUAUUUCUCUAUAAUUAACUUGUAUCAGUAUUUUUGUGAAUUCAGAUUACUUUAACUGUGGGUACUAUCUCUGUGUUGUCAAAGAGAACUUAAGGGAUGACCUAUGUAGUGUCAAUGCAGUGGAGAUUUUUGGUCAAACUGAUUCAUAAAGCAAUAGAAAUAUACUUAAAUUAAUUUUACUUAAAUGUUCAUUUAGUAUGAGAUUUUAUCUUAGCUAUGAAAUGAGGUAAUUUUACUUUAAAAAGAAUUAAAAAUAUUUUUGACUUGUGAUAAAUCUAUUAUACGCAAUAUUUUUUUCAAUAAAGUAU